AUGGGGGGGUGGUGGUUGGGAGCUGUUUCCAAACCCAGAGAGAACGAGUGUUUUGAUGUCAGUUCUGUGGCUGCUGUGUCUGCAUGCCAACACCGUGUUUCGCCGUCCUUCAUUCCGAGAGAGGAGAAUGUGGCUACGUUUCGGGGCGCAGAGUACUUCUGCUACGACCUGUCCCAGAACCCCAUCCAGAGCAGCAGCGACGAGAUCACGCUUUCCUUCAAGACGUGGCAGAGGAACGGCCUGAUCCUCCACACGGGAAAGUCCGCAGACUACGUCAACCUGGCCCUGAAGGACGGCGGCGUGUCCCUGGUCAUAAACUUGGGCUCCGGGGCGUUCGAGGCAAUAGUGGAACCGGUCAACGGCAAGUUCAACGACAACACGUGGCACGAUGUCAAAGUCACACGCAAUCUCCGGCAGCAAUUAGGGAAUCGCUAUGAUGUGAUAAACACACUCCACUGUCUGGUAACGAUAUCUGUGGACGGCAUCCUGACCACCACCGGCUACACCCAGGAGGACUACACCAUGCUGGGCUCGGAUGAUUUCUUCUACGUGGGAGGCAGUCCCAGCACAGCGGACCUGCCCGGAUCUCCUGUCAGCAACAACUUCAUGGGCUGUCUGAAAGAGGUGGUUUACAAAAACAACGACAUUCGCCUGGAGCUGUCGCGUCUGGCUCGGAUCGUGGACCCAAAGAUGAAGAUCCAGGGCGAGGUGGCGUACAAGUGUGAGACCGUGGCCACCCUGGACCCCAUCUCCUUCGAGACCCCCGAGUCCUUCAUCAGCCUGCCCAAGUGGAACACCAAACGCAUGGGCUCCAUCUCCUUCGACUUCCGCACCACAGAACCCAACGGCCUCAUCCUCUUCACCCACGGCACGCCCCAGGAGAGGAAGGACGCCGCACGAAGCCAGAAAAACACCAAGGUGGACUUCUUUGCCGUGGAGCUGUUGGAUGGCAGCCUCUACCUGCUCCUGGACAUGGGCUCAGGAACCAUCAAAGUGAAGGCCACCCAGUCCAAAGUCAACGAUGGCUCCUGGUAUCAUGUGGACAUCCAGAGAGACGGUCGCUCCGGCACCAUUUCAGUGAACAGCCGGCGGACGCCCUUCACCGCCAGUGGGGAGAGUGAGAUCCUGGACUUGGAGGGCGACAUGUAUCUGGGGGGUCUGCCCACUGACCGCUCCAACCUGAUCCUGCCCACCGAGCUGUGGACCGCCAUGCUCAACUACGGCUACGUGGGCUGCGUGCGCGACCUCUUCAUCGAUGGACGCAGCAAAGACAUCCGGCAGAUCGCGGAGGACCAGAAGGGUGCGGGGAUCAAACCCUCCUGCACCAAACAGCCGGGGAAGCAGUGUGAGAGCUACCCCUGUAAGAACAAAGGCGUUUGCAAAGAGGGCUGGAACCGCUUCGUCUGUGACUGCACUGGAACUGGCUACUGGUCCAGGACCUGUGAGAGGGAAGCCUCAAUCCUGUCCUACGACGGCAGCAUGUACAUGAAAGUGGUGAUGCCCACGGUGAUGCACACGGAGGCGGAGGAUGUGUCCAUGAGGUUCCGGUCGCAGCGGGCCUACGGGCUGCUCAUGGCCACCACCUCCAGAGACUCCGCUGACACUCUGCGCGUCGAGCUGGACGGCUCUCGGGUCAAACUCACGGUCAACUUAGGCAAAGGACCGGAGACGCUGUAUGCCGGGCAAAAGCUCAAUGAUAAUGAAUGGCAUACAGUGCGCGUGGUGCGUCGUGGCAAAACCUACAAGCUAACAGUUGACGAUGAUGUAGCCGAAGGUCAGAUGGUGGGAGACCACACUCGGCUGGAGUUCCACAACAUUGAAACAGGGAUCAUGACAGAGAAGCGCUUUGUGUCCAUUAUCCCGUCCAGCUUCAUCGGACAUCUGCAGAGCCUCAGAUUCAAUGGAAUGCUGUAUAUUGAUUUGUGCAAGAAUGGAGACAUUGAUUAUUGCGAAUUGAACGCACGCUUCGGAGUCCGUUCCAUUAUCGCUGACCCAGUGACCUUCAAAACCAAAAGCAGCUACCUGAGUCUGGCCACACUGCAGGCCUACGCCUCCAUGCACCUUUUCUUUCAGUUCAAGACCACAUCCGCUGACGGAUUCAUUAUUUUCAACUCUGGAGAUGGGAAUGACUUCAUAGCUGUAGAGCUGGUCAAAGGAUACAUUCACUACGUGUUCGACCUAGGGAACGGGCCAAACCUGAUCAAGGGCAAAAGUGUGAGGGCUCUGAACGACAACCAGUGGCACAACGUGGCCAUCACCCGAGACAACAGCAACACGCACACACUCAAAGUGGACGCCACCACCACGAGCCAGAGCAUCAACGGAGCCAAGAACCUGGACCUCAAAGGUGACCUCUUUAUCGCAGGACUGGGCCCAGGCAUGUACGGGAGCCUCCCCAAGUUGGUGGCCUCCAGAGAGGGCUUCCAGGGCUGCCUGGCCUCAGUGGACCUGAACGGACGGCUGCCGGACUUGCUCAGCGACGCGAAGUUCCGCAGUGGGCAGAUCGAGCGUGGAUGUGAAGGUACUCAGUCUCUCAGAUCAGAGCCAGCCUUAGACCUGGACCGAGACUUUAACUCCAGUUCCUACCUGCGGAACCCCAACAGCAGCGCCAGCAUCCUGCCCGUGUACGGAAGGACCAUGUUAGUCUCCCUGGCCAUAGCCUCACUCACACACAGCUGA